AGUCCGACUCGCAGGUACAAAACUGCAAAGCUGAGGCAAGGCAAGAUGCUGAAAUCACCCCUAGAAAAUGCCAACUUUGUAUCAAAGUUAUUAUUCUGCUGGCCUUCACCUAUCCUGAGAAAAGGAUACAAACAAAAAUUGAAAAUAUCGGAUAUUUACCAGAUUCCUUCCUGCGAUUCUGCUGAUAAUCUAUCUGAAAUGUUAGAACGAGAAUGGGACAGAGAACUUGCAACAUCAAAGAAAAACCCAAAGCUAAUCAACGCGCUAAGAAGAUGUUUUUUCAAGACGUUUCUCAUUUAUGGAAUCCUUUUGUACUUGGGGGAAGUCACAAAAGCUGUCCAACCCCAGCUCCUCGGUAGAAUAAUAGCUUCUUAUGAUCCAACAAAUGUAAAGGAGAAAGAAGAAGGAUUUUACUAUGCUCUUGGCUUGUGCUUACUCUUCAUUGCAAGAACGUUGCUAAUUCAUCCGGCUAUCUUUGGACUGCAUCAUCUCGGAAUGCAAAUAAGAAUUGCUUUGUUUAGUUUGACAUAUAAAAAGACCUUAAAACUGUCUAGCAGAGUCUUGGAUCAAAUUAGCACAAGCCAACUCAUCAGCCUGCUGUCAAACAACCUCAACAAAUUUGAUGAGGGAUUGGCACUUGCCCAUUUUGUCUGGAUUGCACCACUGCAGUGCAUUUUACUGAUGGGGUUUAUCUGGCAGCUCGUCGAGGCCUCUGCAUUUUGUGGUCUGGCUGCUCUCACAUUGCUUGCUAUUAUUCAAGCCUGUCUUGCCCAACGGAUGGUGCACUACAGAGACAAGAGAGCCGGAUAUAUUAACGACAGAGUUCUAAUUACUUCUGAGAUUAUUGAAAAUAUCCACUCUGUGAAAGCCUAUGGUUGGGAGAAUGCAAUGGAUGAAAUCAUUGAUAAGAUCAGACAGGCUGAGUUGAAGCUCACAAGGAAAUCUGCUUAUUGCAGAUAUUUCAACAGCUCUGCAUUCUUCUUCUCCGCAUUCGUUGUGGUCUUUGUGUCUGUAUUACCCUAUGCCCUGAGUAAUGGAAUAGCACUACGUCAGAUAUUUACAACAAUCUCAUACAGUAUGGUCCUCCGAAUGACUGUCACAAGACAGUUCCCAGGGUCUGUGCAAACAUGGUUUGAUUCUCUGGGAGUUAUCAAGAAGAUAGAGGACUUCCUGAAAAAAGAUGAGUAUAAUGUAUUAGAGUACAACCUUACCACAACAGAAAUUGAGAUGAAAAAUGUAACAGCGUCAUGGGAUGAGGCAAUUGGAGAGUUGUUUGAAAAGGCGAAGAAAGAAAACACCAAAAAUGACCUUCUGAAUGGAGAUGCAAACCUUUCCUUCAUCAAUUAUUCCCUCUAUGUAACACCAGUCUUAAAAAAUAUUAACUUGGUUUUAGAAAAGGGAAAAAUGCUGGCUGUGGCAGGAUCUACUGGUUCAGGCAAGAGCUCCAUGUUGAUGAUGAUCAUGGGUGAACUUCAACCGUCAAAAGGCGAUAUCAAACACAGUGGGCGGAUUUCAUACUCACCCCAGAUAGCUUGGAUCAUGCCAGGGACUAUAAAAGACAAUAUUUUAUUUGGUCUUUCUUAUGAUGAAUAUCGCUACAGCAGUGUCAUCAAGGCCUGUCAGCUUGAAGAGGAUUUUGCUCUGCUUCCAGACAAAGAUAAGACUGCCUUAGGAGAAGGAGGAGUGACCCUCAGUGGUGGGCAGCGGGCAAGGAUUUCAUUAGCCAGAGCAGUAUACAAAGAUGCUGAUCUUUAUUUAAUAGAUUCUCCUUUUAGCCACUUGGAUAUUGUAACAGAGAAGGAAAUCUUUGAAAGAUGCUUAUGCAAACUAAUGGCACAUAAGACCCGCAUCCUAGUGACUUCAAAACUUGAGCAUCUGAAAAAGGCAGACAAGGUUUUGCUGCUACACAAUGGCAUCUGCUACUUCUAUGGAACGUAUUCAGAACUGCAGAAUCAGAAGCCUGAUUUUAUUGCAAAGCUGACAGGUCUAGAGAUAUACGACAAUUAUAGUGACGACCGAAGAAACUCCAUCUUGACAGAAACGUUGCGGCGGUGCUCAGUGGACAGUGAAACAGGGGGUCUGCAUAUUGAGUCAACGAGGCAUUCAUUUAAACAAACAGCCACGGAAAUUAUUGAAAAGAGAAAAUCAUCGGCAGUCAUGAACUCCCUAAGCUCUGGUAGAAAGAUUUCCAUCGUGCUGAAUGGGACGGAGGACGUGUUCAGUGAAACUGGAGAGAGAAAGCUUUCAUUUGUUCCAGAUUCUGAGCAAGGAGAAGGUCUUCUGCCACGCAGUAACAUAAUCAGCAGCGGGCCAAGCUUCCCAGGCCAACGGAGGCAGUCAGUAUUGGCAUUUAUGACUGGUGUUCAAAAUCAGGGUUUACGCAACAGACGCAAUACUACCUUUCGCAAAAUGUCUGUGGCACCUCCUUCUGCAUUUUCAACCGAACUGGACAUUUAUGCCAGGCGCUUAUCAAAAGACAGUAUUUUUGAUGUCAGUGAGGAAAUCAGUGAAGAUGAUCUAAGGGAAUGCUUUAUUGAUGAUAAUGAACACUUCAGUGAAACGACCACUUGGAGUACAUAUCUGCGAUACUUGACUAUCAAUAAAACUGUCAUUUUUGUUCUGAUCUUUAUUCUGUUUGUAUUUGCCAUUGAGGUGGCUGGAUCCUUUGUAGGAAUAUAUCUUCUUAGCAGCUACAUCGAAAAAGGAAAUUUGUCUUCUUUACAAUUUCCAGUAAAUGUUACUAAAUCCAGUGCAUUCUACAUAUUUUAUAUAUAUGUUGGCACUGCCGAAAGUCUUCUUGCAUUGGGAUUCUUCAGAGGACUUCCUUUGGUUCACACGCUUAUAACGGCAUCAAAGAUUUUACACAAGAAAAUGUUUCACUCAGUUCUACAUGCUCCAAUGGCCAUCAUAAACACAAUGAAAACAGGUCGAAUUUUAAAUAGGUUCACAAAAGACAUCGCUCAGAUUGAUGACAUGCUGCCACUUACUAUUUUUGAUUUUGUACAGCUGACCAUUAUUGUGUUGGGAGCCAUUUUGGUGGUGGCCUCAUUAAAGCCCUAUAUCUUUCUGGCAGCGACUCCUGUAAUUAUUGCUUUUGUCAUCUUGAGGUCGUAUUUUCUGCGCACUUCACAACAGCUAAAGCAGCUUGAAAGUGAAGCCCGCAGUCCUAUUUUUACCCAUCUCAUCACUUCCUUAAAGGGUCUCUGGACUAUCCGUGCAUUCAGCAGGCAAUCAUAUUUUGAAGCCCUUUUCCACAAAGCAAUAAAUGUGCACACCGCCAACUGGUUCCUAUACCUUUCCACCUUACGAUGGUUCCAGAUGAGGAUCGACAUAGUAUUUGUGCUCUUCUUUGUUGCUGUUGCCUUUAUUUCAAUUGGAACAAAUGGUGAGGAUGGUGGAGACGUUGGAAUAAUUAUAACGCUUGCAAUGAAUAUCAUGGGUACUUUACAGUGGGCUGUGAACUCCAGUAUAGAUGUGGAUAGUCUGAUGCGCUCGGUGAGCCGGGUAUUCAAGUUUAUUGACCUGCCUUCAGAAGAUUCUAAUGCUGGGAAAAAGCAGAAAGACUUGGUCAUCAAGAACACGCAUACCAAGGACUGGCCAUCUGGAGGCCAAAUGACAGUCAACAACCUGACUGCCAAGUACAAGGAGGGUGAACGAGCUAUCCUUGAAAACCUCUGCUUUUCAGUAAACAAAGGUCAAAAGCUGGGCAUUUUAGGGAGAACAGGUUCAGGAAAGAGCACUUUGCUGUCUGCUCUUUUACGACUUGUGUCCACCGAAGGUGACAUAACAAUCGACGGAGUCUCAUGGAAUGACGUAUCUCUACACGAGUGGAGGAAAGCUUUUGCAGUUAUUCCUCAGAAAGUAUUCAUAUUCUCCGGGACAUUCCGCAUAAAUCUGGACCCUCAAGGCAAAUGGAGUGAUGCUGAACUGUGGAGGGCUACAGAAGAAGUUGGUUUGAAAUCUGUUAUUGAACAGUUCCCUGGCAAACUGGACUUUGUCCUGGACGAUGGAGGCUAUGUGCUUAGCAGUGGCCAUAAACAGCUCUUAUGCUUGGCUCGGUCAUUUCUGAGGGAAGCCAAGAUCCUGCUUCUGGAUGAACCCAGCGCUCACUUGGAUCCAAUAACAUUUCAGAUUAUCAGAAAGACCCUGAAACACGCUUUUACUGACUGCACUGUGAUACUCUCUGAACAUAAAAUAGAAACCAUGCUUGAAUGUCAGUCUUUUCUGGUGAUUGAGGGGAAAAGGGUGAAACAGUACGAUUCCAUUCAAAAGCUCCUCAAUGAAACCAGCGUUUUAAAACAGGCAAUGAGUGCUGCGGAUCGAGUUAAGCUUUUCCCACUACACAGGCGAAACUCCAGCAAACGCUGGCCAAAAAUUAUGGCGUUAGAAGAAGAAGCAGAAGAGGAUGUCCAGGAAACGAGACUGUGAACAGCAUGUCGCCUAAUGAUCACACAACGGCGAUUGUGUCUCACCUUCUCACGAAAUAUCACUGAAAUGUGUUGGGAGCUUGUGGCAUCAUGUUGACUUAAACAACAUUCACACACUAUGUAUAUUUUUAGAUUUGUAAGAUGGACAUUUUUAUCCAGACUUCCCAUCAGCCUGCUAGGCUCGCUUCUGCAAAGAUGGCUGUGUUUCUUACCCCACUGUUGCAGGGUCUCAUUAUACUGGGUAAUCAGAAAAUGUUCAAAUGUAAUAUCUCUUAAAACAUGGAAAAAAACUCAAUCACCUGUUCAAAAGAAUGUGUAGAAACCGAAACAUUUAAUAUCAUAUGAUACCCGAAACUUGUCUGUGUGAGUGUUGUCUGCAAUUCCAAUAGAGGAGGUGCUUCUAAUCCUUUCCCACGGAGGCUGGUGCAACGGUUGUCCUGGUCCUUCUCCACCAUUUUCCUGGGAAAACGUGAUUUCACUGUUUCUUUUUCCUGAACAAACACCACUUCAGUAUGUGUGGCGGCAGUGUAGCGAUACUCUGCAUCUGAAGUCACUGCGUUGGCUGACGUCGGCUGUUAAGUGGGUUGGAAAUGUUACAUUGGAUGUUUCAGAUGAUCUGCUGGUGGUUCACCUCAAGUUGCUACUUUUUUUUUUUCACUCUCUGCUUACAUCAAAAUAAAGUGAGCUUUACAUGCAACUACCACUCUUUUAAGCUUUAAAAUUCCAUACUUCUUUUUCAAUGACGCAGUGUUUAGAAGAAAAAGAGAUGGUAAUCAUCUUCUUGUUUUCUAGUGAACAAUAAAGAACCUUUAAUGUAUUUCACUGUAAUAACGUAAACACUUUAAAUUCAUCUGUGGUACGAAAUUCACAUGAGUUCUUCACCCCCUUCGGUGUUAUUCACAGUCAGUUGUUUUGGAGGUCCUUCAUGGCCACAGUGACGCCAGAAUGUUUAAUAACACUUGAACUUAUUUAACGCCCCAGGAGAAUUCAUAUUGUUUAUGGACUGGAGAAUUGAUCUUUGGCCUAGAAUUGUAACUUUUCUUUCAGGUUUUUUUUUUUUAGCCAGGAACAAAGCUUAUAAUGUAGAAAAACAACUAUUUUUAAAAUUUGUAAGAAAAGAAAGAAUAUCAACAAAACAGAUAUUACUCUAUGCAAACAAAAAAAGGAAUGUUUUAUUUAAUAUAGAUACUACAAAAUGAUAUUUGAAAUAUUUACUUGCAAUUAAUCCAGAUGUGUGUUUGAAAUCUGCAAUCUGUUUUUACUUUGGUGUUUUAAGUGUUCUCUUUUCUUA